AUGGAAACCCUUGAUAUUUCUAAAGAAGAACUUCCCAACUUCCUACCCUUUUCUUUAAUUCAAGAUGCCCUGGAAAUCAAUCCAACCCAAAAUUUGCCUUGCCAACUUAUAAAAUCACCUCAAAUUCCGCCUCUGGAAAGCCGGAUUCACGGCUACCGUCUAAAAAACUCUAAUGAAAAAUGCACGCGCUGUGAACUCAGCCUCACGAAUUUAUUUAGCCUAUAUAAUUUCGAGCAAGAAGUUCAAAAGGAAAUUAAACAAGUUGAAAAGCAGAACAUGUCAAUAUUCCAAGCGUUGAAACAAGAUAAAAUUUUUGAAUUAGCUGAAGACCAAAUUAAAAAUUUACUGUCAAGUGAUAAAGAAAAUAUUGAUCCUCGCAAGCUUAAAUUUUAA